UAUUCCUGAUUUUCUUCACGUACGAAGGAAACGAGGCGUCCUAUUUUAAUAUUAUAAUCAAAGUAAGAACGGAAACUCCGCGGCCACAUGACCUAGCUGUUACAAUCUGUUAUCAGUGAAAUUUCCAUUGUGUAUCAAGACACUGUCAACCAGUUUAUAAAUUCAUUCUUUUUAUCACGUGUAAGGGACUUAAAACAUAUACAGAAUCACACGUGCAUGGAGGUGUUUCUCGUGCUACUAGGAUGCGCAUGCGCGGUGAUGGGAGCCCCGAGCGGGGCGGCAGACACGGAAAAAGUUGACCUUCUAAUGCCAAGCGUCAAACCACAGACGCCUGACACAUAUCUCUGUCACCCAAUGAAGAUUGGAAAAGAUCCCAAAUAUAUUGUGAAAUUUGAGCCGCACGCAAACAUGGCGAUCGCCCACCACAUCCUUCUGUAUGGCUGCGAGGUUCCCGGGAGUAACUCUGUCUGGAAUUGCGGUGAGAUGCACGCUUCCGGAAGUGGAUACAAGACAGGGCCGGUGUGCGCUCAAGGCGCCCGCAUUCUGUACGCGUGGGCCAUGGACGCUCCAGCACUCUCUCUCCCGGAAGAUGUUGGCUUCAAGGUCGGCGGGAAAACGGGCAUCAACUACCUCGUGGUACAGAUACACUACAAGAACGUCACCACUUUCCUCCCACCUGCGAAUGGCCAUGACAAUUCUGGGUUAACGCUAACAAUGACAAAUACACCACAGCGACGGCGAGCCGGUGUGUAUCUUCUUGGGACAAGCGGAAGUAUCCCACCAAACAGUGUAACCUACAUGGAGACGGAAUGCAGCUUUAAUGAGAACUUUGAAGUCCAUCCGUUCGCCUUCCGAACACACGCACAUGGGCUUGGUCAGGUUACAUCUGGUUACCGCAUCAGAGAUGGCCAGUGGACUGAAAUCGGACGCCAGACGCCACAAAAACCGCAGAUGUUCUACAACAGUACAACGCCUGGGCUUGUUGUUAAAAAGGGAGACAUAUUGGCUGCCCGGUGUACAAUGAAAAACGACAAGAACACAGUUAUGAACAUUGGGAGCACUCAGAAUGAUGAAAUGUGCAACUUCUACAUGAUGUACUACGUGGACGGGGAUAAGACUAUGUCAGGGACCUACUGUUUCACGGAGGGCCCACCCCGUUACUACUGGGCUAACGAUGAGCGCAUGCGCAAUGCGAUCAAGAAUAUCCCCAAGGAUGCGAGCCUCGUUCCAGGGGAGAAAACUCCGCUUCAGCAAACAGCCCAACCGGGACUCUACUCACCAUCAGAGUAUGACGUCAUCUAUGACGUCGAGGGCGCUGACAUGAAUCGAAAUUUUGACAAGUUCUCUCCCGAUGAACUCAGGGAACUAAUGAUGUACUUGAAGCAGCGAGGCCCGCGGGCAUACGAUGAUGACGAAUACUUCUGAGGUCACUUCCGUGUGUAGAAAUGGAUAAUUUCACCCGUGUAAUUUGUUAAUGGCUGUUAAACUUAUAUGUAAUAAAACGUUAAUUAUAA